ACAAUUGUGCAUUUUGUUCGAAGCUCGACCGUUCGAUGGCACCACUAUCGACCUUGUGGUAUCAUGCCUAGUACAACGUUACUAGAUAUGAUGUUUUUUUUUUUUUUUUUUUAUAACGUGAACGAUAUAUGUCUAUCGAUGAAUUAAAAUCGAUUACCGAAUUCUUAACGAACGAUCGUUUGCGCUCAUAAGCGUAUAUCAUAAGAUAUUAAAGGAAAACGAUGUAAUAAUGGCGUAUUUAAGUUAUCACUCGUUAUUGCUAUUAUUGUCCAUCAUUUUUCGUGGUACAAGGCUGCUACGAUAUAAAAAUUAAAAUUAUGGAAAUUUGUUAAAAAUCGGUAUACCGAUUGUGGGGAGGAUACGCGUAAUCAUUUGCACGAUUAACGCUCGGCAGGUUGUUAUAAUAGCGUUGCGGUCGCGCGCCUCUGCCCCUCCAAUGUUACCCCCUCCCCCGUGGCGACGGCGAGCCGGCCGGCAAGUGGCAGGCAAGGGGAUGUUUACGGCGUAGCCACGGGGACGGACGGCCGUCCGUCCAUGUGUUUCAGUCGAGGACUCGUCGUCCGCGUGAACGAACGUACACGCGAUCGAUUCUUGCGUUCGGUAUAUCGUCGUCUCUUUCGAAUUUUAUUAUUAUUUGCGAUCGUUCCCGAGGUUCGCACGAAAAGACGCAAUGCGCUUAUCUCGACGAAAUAUUAACGGAGGAAGGAGGAAAUAAGAGAAAGUGUAUAUCGUUGUAUAUUUAUUGCUUUUAACAUGAGCCAAAAGACGCCGAUCGAGUAGUAAAAAUUGGUCAAGUUCGAUCGAAAUGUAGACGCAGAUUGAUCGAAUGGUUUCACUUCCAAACUGUUGCGCCGGUAUUUUUAGAGAGAUAGAGAGAGAGAGAGAGAAAGAAAAGGAAAAGAAAACGUCGUCGGUGGUACCUUCGAAGCAGCGAAAGAGGAGAUGGCGGUGACAAGAUAAGAUAAUGGGAAGUCUCACGGCGAGGACGAGGACGACAAAGGUGGAAGAUAGAAAGAGAGGAAGAGGUGAUCUUUUUCAAAGUGUGUUAUGUCCUGCGUGCUUUCGUCGACGGGACGAAAGGAGGAGCGUCAUGCGGGCUGGUGUUUGUCGUUGAGGAACGACGCGAGGGACCGAAGGAGGAGCAUCGUCGAAGUGUUGGUGGUGGUGGAGGAGGAGGAGGAGGAGGAGGAGGAGGAGGAGGAGGGCGAGGAGGAGGGGGCCGAGGGGGAGCCGGCGAAGCAGCAGGGGGCCGAGGAAAAAGGGAGCUUGGAGGUAGCCGGUGACGGGGGUGGUGAGGGCGCCGGUGGUUCCUCGCAAGCUCGUUAUUCUUCCAAGUACGAGGUGCGCAAAAGCCAUAUCGUUGAUGCGAGGAUGCCUCGUGCCGUGCCAACGAGACGAGGCCUGCAGGCUUUGGCCCUCGUACUUGCUACCGCCUAUGUCACCAUUCUCCUAUAUCAGGCAGUGGCACCUCGUCAGUGGAUCGAAGAGAUGAGCAGCGAGGUUAAUGGUAGAAACGAACCGUUGGUCGAAGUAUCGGCGGCGUCUAGAAGGAUCGUAAUCGGCGAAGGAGGAUCGGCUAUGACACCACCGCUUGCUACGGCCACGAUGGUACCCUUCUCGACGAAUCUGGAUGACGUGUUUAUCAGCGUUAAAACUACCAAGCACUAUCAUCGUUCUCGUUUACCGGCCAUCAUCGGCACAUGGUUUCAAUUUGCCAAGGAUCAGACAUGGUUUUUCACCGAUCGAGAGGAUCCAUACUUUCAGAAUCAAACGAACGGCCACAUGAUCGACACCAAGUGUUCGUCCUCUCACAAUAGACGAGCCCUUUGCUGCAAGAUGUCCGUCGAGUUUGACAGAUUUCUCGAUAGCGGUCGAAAGUGGUUCUGCCACUUCGAUGACGAUAAUUACGUGAACGUACCACGCCUUCUGAAGCUCCUGGACAAUUACAACCCACGGGAGGAUUGGUAUCUUGGUAGGCCUUCGAUACCAGCCCCUUUGGAAAUCAUCAGGCAGGGACCAGAGCCAUCGAAACGACCGCAAAAGGUCAGAUUCUGGUUCGCUACGGGCGGAGCUGGAUUUUGCAUCAGCAGAGCACUAGCCCUCAAAAUGACGCCGCUCGCUGGAGGCGGAAAGUUCAUCACCGUAGGCGAUAGGAUCAGGCUUCCCGAUGACGUAACCAUGGGAUAUAUCAUCGAGUACCUUUUGAAGAAGCAGCUGACGGUGAUCGAGCAAUUUCAUUCGCAUUUGGAACCGAUGAAGUUCCUCAACAAGGACACCUUUCACGAGCAGGUAUCUUUCAGUUAUUCGAAAGGCGCACGAGAUGAAUGGAAUAUUCUUAAAAUCGAUGGGUUCGAUACGAAGGAGGAUCCAAGAAGAUUCAAAUCUAUCCAUUGUCAUCUCUUCCCACAUCUACCGAAUUGUCCGCACAGGUGAUGAUAUCAGGGACGACGAGAGUCGCUAAUGAACGAAAGAAGAAACGUGGAAGGAAAUUCGUUAACGAGAAUGCGUAUUUUCUGAAUCAAAUCCGAUCUCGAAUCGCUCGGACCUUUUUCCAUCGAUCGGUACACGAGCCGAUAACGAAAUUAAGGCGAUAAGAUAUCCCCUUACUUCCUUGUAUUUCUUGCCGUUCGUAAUAUUUCAUAUAGAUAAAGAAGAUGCCUUUAAUUCUGGAAAUAUUUGAACAAUUUGUACAUCAGUUUCGUCAGCUCAUUUGCACAGAUAGUAAUUAUGGUAAGAAUGUAAUUAGUCCUUUAAUUCUUUCUAGACUCGCUUUAAGCAUUUAAUGGUAAACUUUAGUGAAUUUUUGGUUUGUUCUUUUUAAGAAAAAUAUUAAGGAUAUCGACGUUUCAUAAGAUAAGUUUGGAAUAGCAAAUUGUAAAAUUGUAUAAUACGAUAAUCAAUCUCUUUCGCGAGAGUUAAAAUUAUCGAAUAUAUAUAUAUAUAUAUCUGUGUGUGUGUGUGUGUGUGUGUGUGUGUAAGGAAGUUACAUAUCUUACGUUAAGAAAGCGAGAAAGAUGUAUUUAAAACGUAUGAAUCGAGAAAUAACACGUUGUACAUAAUCAUAAAAGAGGCGGCAAAUGACGUGCGCGUUUCUCGCGACCGAGAAACGAAAUUAUUUUACGCUAGUCCAUCGCGAUGAGAAGUUUGCUAAUCGUUGACGCCUGCACGCGCGAAUAUAUUACAAAAGUGAUACAUAACGAGUAAGAAUCGAUAGAGCGACGUCCUUAAUACAGAUUCCUCUGCGACAUAUAUGUUACUUUUUGACGGGACUUCGAAGCGACGAGCGUACGGUGUGCAAUAUUUGUGCGAAUUAUGGCAAUUUGUAUUAUCUCUAAUAGCAGUCACUUAUAAUCGGGACCAAAAGUUCAAAAGCUUUUUCUUCUUCGUUUCUUUUUUGUUUUUUCUUUUCUUUUUUCUUUCCACCAUUGUCAUUUCCUGUUCCGGAUAUUUUCUAAUUUAUUUGCACCUAACGCAAGCUGAUCGAAAUAUAAAAUUCUUACGAAACGUGAUUCGUAUAAGAUGAAAUCAGGUCGGCCUGUUGUAUACGUAGUAGAAAAUUUAUGGUGGUGCUGGAAACACGAAAUGUAAGAUACAACUACGUUGCGCAAUGAUGUUUUAUAUAAGCUGUACAUAAAUCUAA